GCGUGGCCAAAGUCGUUUACGAUGCACAGCAGCAGCAGAACAGCAGUGUCCGCGUCGUCGCUCUCGGUGGUGUUGCUAGCAGCCGCGGUCGCCGUGGCCGUGGCCGGGGUCGCGGUCGCCGCCGCCGACCGGCCGGUCGACGGUCUGCUGGACAGGGUGCUGGACAGGUGUUCGCUGGGACCGGGCGCCGUGGGCUGUCUGAAGGGCAACGUGCUGGAGUUCUUGCGGGAUGGCCGCGCUGCGGACGCCGACGACGGUGACGUGGACGCGGAACUGGUGCGAGCGGCCGGCGCGUACAUCGAACGCCGCGUCAACGAACCGACCGUGCCGGCUGUGCGUCCCGCCCGGGCAAUGGACAACGACGCUGCUCCCGCCGCCGCCUCUGCCGCCGCCACAGCCGCCGCCGCGACGACUACUACCACAGCUAGAGCUGACAUGGAAAUGGGCAUGAUGCAAGACAAAAUGCUGAUGCCGCUCAUGAUGAUGAUGAAGAUGAAGCUCAAGAUGCUCAUGCCCAUAAUGAUGGCCAUCGUCAGCAUGAAGGCGACCAAGGCGCUGGUGCUCAGCAAGGUGGCCAUUAUGCUGGUGCUCGGGUUCCUCAUCAAGGAGUUCCUGAAGAAGUCUGGUAUACCCGGGCUCCCGAUACACCUUCCCGGAUUCCCGGGACCCUCCGAACCGUCGUCCACAUCCGCUCCGCCUCCCAUGUACGGACCGCCGCAGUCUUCCAGCUACGAGUCUUCCAGUUCGUGGGAGCCCACGGGAUACUCAAGUCAUUCCUCCGAUUCCGCUCAUUCGAUGGCCUACAACAGUUACCAGCCGUCGUCUUCGUCCGGUUCGUCGGCCAGUCUGUCGUCCACCAAAUAUUGAAAAUUUGGUCUUAGAUUUUUGCACUAGGUAUCUUAAUUAAAUUAUUGUUUGGAUUUAUAUUAAUAUUAUUAUUUAUUACUCAGUAUAGCUCAAUUAAUUUAUUUAUUUCAUGAAAAUUGU